AAUCACGCAGGACACCGCAGGGCGGAGCUGUGCGCGCGGGGCUGGGGUGUGCUCCUUGUCAAGGUGUGGCGAGGUGUUGGGAGUGGUUCAGCAUGUGGGCGGGGCUUGGCGUGACGCGCGCGGCGGUCUCUGCUCGCUCGCUCGCUCAGUUUCCGCGGACUGGGGCCCACCGAAUGAGAAGCAAGCGGGGGCACCAAGUCGAUGACUUUCAGGCGGCAAACUCUUUACCCAGCGUCUCCGCGCAAGUUGGGCCAAGCAACUCUAGAGCAUGCGCACGCGUCACAACCUCACGCGCCUCGUUAAUACUCUCAUGCGUGUCACGCUCCUCAGGAGCGCGCCACGCCGUCACGCGUCACGCUAAUACCCCCGCACGCGUCACGCCCCUCAGGUGGGUACGGCGCUCGCAGGGUUCACACACAGA